GAGUCCCGAAGUAUUAUCGAUAUAUAAAAAAGAAGUCUUAAAAUCCGACCAACUCAACUCGACUUCUCUACUACCUAAUCUCAAACCCACAUUCAUCUCGUCUAUUCCAAUGUUCUCCUACAUAAUAGCUCUCAUAGCCUUCAUCCUUGUCUUUUCCAACCCAAUCACCAAGCUCUUCUUUCCCACUUCAUCUCUGCCUUCCCACUCCGCAAGACCACAGUUGAACGAGUCACUCCUAGCCCUCGAGUCCCCCAACGAUGCAGCACUCUCCUGCAAUGAAGACGCCUACUCGGUCCAUAUCCUAUCGUCAGCCCCCCUGGUGCUUUAUAUCGAAAACUUCCUGACCCAAGACGAGCGCUCUCAUCUCCUUGACAUAAGCGAGCCGCUCUUCGAACCUUCCACCGUGACAAACGACGGCGGCGCAACCACCCAGCGCGACGCCGCGGUCCGCCUCUCCUCCGUGGCCCUCCCCCCCCGCACCGAACCCGUCCGGUGCAUCGAGGCCCGCGCCAGGGCCCUCCAAGGAUGGCGUCCCGACCGGUGGCUCGAGAGGCUGCGCACCCAGCGGUACGAUGCGCCCGCCGGCCACUACGGGCAUCAUUUCGACUGGUCGUCCAAUGCCGGCGGGUGGGGGCGCGUCGGGAGCAUGAUGGUCUGGGUUCACGGGGGGUCUGACGCCGAGAGAGAAGAUGAACGGGUGGAGGGCGGGGGGACCGAGUUCCCCCUCCUGAGGCUGAAGGGGGAUCGUAGCCGGUGGUGCCGGUUCGUGGAGUGUCGUGAGGAUGGUCGCGACGAUGUCAAGCAGCAGCAGCAGCAGCAGACGAGGAGGAGGAGAGCGCACGGCAACAAAAAGACCCUGACGGUGACGGAAUGGGCAUCAUCUUCAAGCCUCGUCCUGGCAACGCCGUGUACUGGGAGAACUUCCGCCCCGACGGCUCCGGGUACGACGAGGCUUGGCAUGCCGCGUUACCUGUGACAAAGGGCGUCAAAGUCGGACUGAACAUCUGGACAUGGGGACGCAUCGAUUAAUAGAUUCUACAUGCUUCAAAGACAAGAAGUAAUACGGCCCACUUC